AUGGAAAGUUUGCACGAAAGCAAAGCCCUUGUGGUCUGGUUGCAUGGCUUGCAAUCUUGCGGUUGCCACAUCAAGAAAAUGGUCAUUGGUUCCAGGAGCCUCCAGAUCCUACCCUGGGUGAAGUGGAGAUUUCCGGAAUCCGAUGUUGCGGAACUGUCGAUCCUCCCCGGCCAGCGGUUGAAAUGUUGGUUCGAUCUGCCGGAGCAGCCGGUGAUGGAAGGGCGGUCCCAUCGCAGAAUGCAGGAGGCCGUGGACCGUGUCCACGCUGUGCUCCACAGGGCGAUGGAACAAGGAUUCCGUGCCGAUCGAAUCGUGCUUUGUGGCUUCAGUCAAGGCGGCACGCUGGCGCUUCAAGCGGGGCUGACAUUCCCACACAUCCUCGCAGGGAUCUGCGCAGUGGCAGGCUGGACCACAGCGGAUCUGCCCGCGGCUGGGAGGAAAAACGAGCUUCCCAUCCUGAUGUGCCAUGGAAGCGAAGAUUCGAUGGUUCCCAUCGAAGUGGGGCGUAGGAGCUGUCGAUCUUUGGCAAGCAAAGGCUACAACAAAGUGAAUCUGGUGACGUUCAAGGGGUUGCGACAUCAGCUUAUUGCAAUCGAGCUGGACGAGAUCACAGAGUUUGUGCGACAAGUGCUGCCACAUAGCUCUGCCGACCCAGCUGUCACCUCUCCUUCGACGGAUUUGUCAGGAUGCCUGAUCUGGCUGCACGAUGCAACUCUGGUGGGCCGAGUGGAUGAGGAUUCGAUCGCCGACAGGAUGAGGAACUUCCUGCCUGGCGUCCAUCUUCUUCUCCGGCAGCUUGAGGACAGCGACAAAGUGAGGGAUGGUUCCUUCCUUCUCGCCGAAGUCACCGCUGAGCUGCAGAAAGCUCGGCUGGCUGGCUUUCCAGCUGAAAAGACAGUUCUGGGGGGCUUCGGCGCAGGAGGAACUGCUGCACUGCUGUCUUUGCCUUCGCCUGGGCUUGCCGGCCUCGUGUGCAGCUGCGCAUACCCCUCGAGCGGGCUGCCUGCACAGGUCUCCACGGGAGAGGACCAGCUGAUUGUGGUCCUGCACGGCCUGGAGGAUGAGGUUGUCCCUGUCGACGUUGCCCGAGAGCAGUGGCAGAUGUUGGGAUCGUAUGGCUACCGAGGAGUCGUCUUCAAUGCGAUGAAAGGACUCGGCCAUGAAUUCUCCCUGGGACUUUGGCAAGACAUUGUUGAGAUAGUAGCCGCCGUGCUCGAUGUGGGAGGUGAAGGCCUGGAAUAG